CGGUGCCGUAUCUAUCUCGGGAAUGGAGCCAAAAGUUUUUGAAUGACAAACUCUUUCUAUAGUUUAGAAAACCUUUUUGUCUGUUUUUAUGAAACUUCAUAGCAGCUCAAACCAAAGAUGAUUCGUGGCCGAGUUCACUCAAUAGCAGUUCUGAAACAGGUUUAUUUACUUAAUCGACUGGAUUCUUGAAGAAUUGUUUUCUAGGAAAAUGUCUUGUCAUGAGAUACAAUCUUGGACUUUUAGUGGGCUAGUGGGUGCAUUUCUUGAUCUUGCUAUUGCCUAUCUUCUGCUUUGUGCAUCAACUCUUGCUUAUCUUGCCUCAAAAUUCUUGGGUUUGUUUGGAUUGGCUCUGCCUUGCCCUUGCAAUGGACUAUUCGGUGACCCCAAUAGUGAUAGUAGUUGCUGGCAAUCGGUGCUAGUAGACAGCCCAUCAGGGAAGAUAUCCUCUGUCCAAUUCUCUGUUAAGAGCAAACUCCCUUUUGAUUCAAUUUGGGAAGAAGAGAGGUUUGAUAUCAAGGGGAAGGGGGUUUCUUCUCAGAGAGCACGACAUGCUCUUAGGCGCCGUAGGAAAUGUUUGACUGAUAAUGGGGGGUCUUCUUCUGUUUCCUCAUAUGAUCCUUCUCGGUUGGAUUCACAAGCUGCUUUUCAGUCUCCUGCCAGUGCUAGUAAAUUGGUGCAUGACAGUAUCGAAGGCAGCACAAUACCUGAUGGCAAUUCUCAGCUUUAUGGCAGGGUCUCUUCUGUAGACAUGGAUUUGCUGGGGGGAGAGUCCCCUGAUUUUGAAUCAAAUGCACCUAUAAAUGAAAAUGAACUAACACAGAAGGAUGCAUUACCUGCUGAUAACUUGAAUUUGGAUGCACAAGGUGAGGGCUUCUUUGAUAGUAAUGAUAAAAGUAUAAUUAGAGUCUUGAAACAAGCACUAGAAAAGGAGCACGCAGCUUGUACUGCUUUGUACCUUGAGCUUGAGAAAGAGAGGAGUGCUGCUGCUACUGCUGCAGAUGAGGCCAUGGCAAUGAUACUGCGUCUACAAGAAGAAAAGGCAUUGAUAGAAAUGGAAGCUAGACAAUACCAGAGGAUGAUAGAAGAAAAAUCUGCUUAUGAUUUUGAAGAAAUGAGCAUUCUUAAAGAGAUCCUAAUAAGAAGGGAAAGGGAAAAACAUUUCUUGGAGAAGGAAGUUGAAACUUACAGGCAAAUGAUUUUUGGGAGUGAGCAGUUUGAUUCUGAUCAACAAGAUAUUGGAACCUCUCGUGGAAGAAGGGCAGCUUCUUUGCUACAUUCAGGUGAAUCCAUUUGUGGGAAGGAAAAGAUGGAAAAUGCAAACAAAAUUUCCGAAGAUAGAUCUAUUGAAUUACAAGAUCGUACUCUAACCUUUGGGAAAAAGUUACCAAACCCAGAUUUGGAUGAAGUUGACUCUUUGAAACUAGGAUCAAGUGGCAAUAGGGAGAUUGAUGAAGAGUUUGGAGAGAUGGAGCCAUUAUCAUUGGAAAAGAGCCCAAUGUCUCAGGAAGGGGAGGCACAAUAUAACUUUUCAAUUGCUGAAACAUACAAUUUGCAGGAUGAGAAAACUGUCACCCCCUUCAGGGAAGUACAGCAGCAAAUUGAUGUCACUAGUGCAAGCCAUGAGUCAGCAUCAAAGACAAUUCAGGCCGGUGAUGAAACAAAAAAUUUUUUUUCAUAUACUUGUGAUGAUUCAGAGAAGCAAGACGAAGGUUCAUGUAAUACAAUGUUCAACAAGGAUCCUUUUGUUCCUGAUGUUCGAAUGAUUGAUGACAAAUUUAGUGUGUCUGGUGAAGUCAGAGGAAAUGGAAGUGAAAAGCUGUUUGUGAAUGCUGCCUUAGACAUCCCAAGAUCUUGUGAUAGUCCAAAUAUGAGCAGGUCACAAACUGAGCAGGAUGUCAGAAGAAGCUGCUCAGACAUAACUAGUGGAUUCUCACCUAUGGAUUGCUCACUAAGAAAACCCAUGCUUUCUGAUUUUAGAAGAAAUUCCAUGUCUAUUGUUGACUAUGAGAGGUUUAAAAUUGAUAAUGAAGUUGGGAGGCUGAGGGAAAGGCUAAGGAUUGUACAAGAGGGCAGAGGGAAGCUCAAUGUGUCUACGCAGAACAUGGAAAAAGAAAAAACUCAGUUGCAACUUUUGGAGAAUAUUAUGGGCCAGCUUCAAGAGAUUCGGCAACUAACAGAACCUGGAAAGGCUUUUCGCCAGGUCUCAUUGCCUCCUCAAUCCUGUAAGAUCAUGUCAAAGAAAAGACACUGGAGAAGUGUUUCUCUGGAAGUACGUAGAAGCACUUAAAUACUGUUCUCCAUCACUGAUAUUGUGCUUCUCAUGGAUCUUGUUAUGGUAGUUUCUGGACAAGGAAACUCUUGCUAGAAGAACUUGCUUGUAGUUGCUUCGGACAUUACAGGGCAGAGCUAUGCCAACUUUCCUGGGAAGUCUUGCUGGAUGAGAUGCUUAAUCUGCAGAUAACAAAUCGGUGAUGUUGGAUCUUGUCAAGAACCUUCCAGCAGGAUUUUAUGCAACAGAUAGGAUUGGUGGCAGAUUAAUUGCUUUCUGUUAUAGUAGAAAUGCAGUUUGGUCACCCAUGUAAGUGCCACGUGAGAAAUUACACUUGAGUUAAUAACAGUCAUGUAAUUAACACUGGCUUAAGAAGUAAAUUUCUUCUACAGAGCAUAAACGGUUUUUUCUCCGUUAUUUGAGGUUCCAAUAUGUUGGACUACGGUUGGAAUAAAGAUAAAUUGCUUCACUUCCUUUUGGUUUGAAA